GAUACCACUACAUAUAUUUGUGACUUUCACCGCGAACAGUGCUGGGAAAGAUGGCUACGAAAGUCUGAAAAUGGGUUGACUGACAGCAGGGAAGAGGUCCUAACAUUUCUUCGCAACGUGGCAAAAUCACCAACAAAAGAGUCAUUUGAAAAAAAUUUGUCUUCCCUUAAGGAGAGUGCAGUUUGGCUGGCUAAUCCCAAGCUCAGGAAUUGGUUUGAAAAAACAUGGCUUGUAGAGUCUAAGGUAAGAAUUGAAAUAAAGCACACAGCACACAGUUUUAUACUUGUCUGCAAUAGACUCCUUCCCGUAACUCCCAAUCUGGAGGACAAAACAAUGGUUGUUCUCUCUUCUGAGAGAAAAAACCUUUUCAAAUGCAAGGCAAUCUUAUUGUUUUGCCCUCCAAAUUGGGAAUAAACUGAAAGGGGUCUAGAAGUACAUUGCAUGCAAUAUACACAGUUGAACCCCUAUCCAGCUAAAUGCAUUGACACUGAAAUAAAUUUAUUGUUAUUAUUAUUAUUAUUAUUAUUAUUAUUAGAGUUGUAUUAUUUUAAAAAAAUUAUUAUUAUAAUUACUAAUUAUUAACUGGUCACCUAUUAAACGGCCAACCCGUAUUACUCGCCCAGUAAUCAAAGCUCCCAUGAGGGGUUUUUUAAAUUGUUGUUUACCUCUAUUUAAGCAGCCACUAUCCAUUUCCCCAAGGGUGGCUGCUUAUUAGGGUUCGAACUGUAUAAGAACGAAAGCUUGCCUCUGCAAGCCCAUGUCCUCCUUUGCCCGACAUACAGGUAAAUAACACGCCUGUCUAACAUAUUCGUGUAAAUAAUAAAUAUUGAUGAAGUGAGCUGUUAGCAUGCAGCAAGGACCAGUUCACUAAAAAGUUUAAAUUCUCUGUAAAUUGCGUUUUAUUACAGCGAUGGGUGUGGGCAUUCAGACAGGACCGAUUCAUGUUGAGUAUCAACACUAACAACGGCAUUGAGAGACAGAAUGAGUCCUUGAAAUACCAGUACCUGAAGGAUCGAAAUAACAACAGCCUCAGUGGAAUGGUUACGACACUAAUCGAGGAAUUUCUACCCGACAAAUACAGAAGGUACAUUACAUCCCACAUUCAAAAAUUCAAAUGCUUAAAGUUAAAAUAGGGAUUAAUGCAAAGAUUCUACAACAUAUGCAACUCAAAUAUCACUGCAUAAUUAUUAACAAUUCAUUAAGAAGCUGCUUUUUUCCCAGGUAUGUGGAGCUUAACACAAGGUGCAGUGAAGGAUACAGGCGCUACAGCUCAGAUGUGCCAAAAUACUUGCACAAUAAACCAAGACCAUUUGUGAACCACUGCAGGCAGCGCAUAAUAUCUGCUGUUGAAGUAGAACCCCAGCAUAUCAAGGAGGUUUGUAAUGGCAUAGAAGAUGGUCAGUUCCAAGUGCAAUCACAGUCAAGCAACACAUGGUACAGCCUGUCUUUUGGUGCUGGGGAUGUCAUGCCACGAUGCAGCUGUCCGGAUUUUUGCCACACAGGGCUCCUAUGCAAGCAUUUUUUUGCAAUUUUCGACCAUUACCCAAAAUGGCAGUGGGGUUCAUUGCCAGAAAAAUAUCGUGAAAACCCCCAUCUCUCACUAGACAGGGAGCAUGUGUUUGCUGAUUUCACUAAGUAUAAAAGUGGUGAAGAAAAUCACAACAUUCAGAUUGGUCAAGACGUACCAGGAAAUCAGCAAGAUGGCAAAGCAGGUGUCCCAAACCAGAAAGUCAAAGGCAUUGAAAGUCAAAUCAGGCAAGAGGCAGUAACAUGUAGGGAGAAGCUUAAAGGGCUAACAUCAUUGACAUACAACAUUGAAGAUGUAAGUGCCCUCAAAGAACUCAACAGUUCCCUUGAAAUGUUACUAAUUAAGUUCACAACCUUUCAAACAACUGAUGAAAAGGAAAACUCAUUACAAAAACAAACGUUGAUUAAAGAACAAUCUGGCAAGAAACAACUCAAAUCAUCUUUUGGAAAUUACCUGCCACUACCUGUGCGCCCCAAGAAAAAAAGGUUUCACAACAGAGUUGGAGAAUAUGCAUCCAUGAUGCAAAAACACUAUAAAGUGCAAAUCCCUGUUGAUGGAGUGUCAGUCAAGACAUCCAAAACAAAAAGUUCUCUCAAAAGAAAGAAAGAAUUGCACAAAGAAUCCAAACAUCCUUCUCCACCAAAGAAACAACGCACAGAAGAACAGAACCACCUUGUCCAAAAUGAAACUAAAACAAGCAAUGAUCCAUCCGCUGCUCAGGAGAGAACUGAUAGCCCUCCAACUAACACUCAACACAAAAAUUCAGAAGACCAACCUUUGCAGAAAGAAAUACCGGUAUUCUCAUCGGCAGUCAGCAACAGUCAAUCAUCAACAGUCAGCAAUAGUCCAUCAUCAGCAGUCAGCAACAGUCCAUCAUCAACAGUCAGCAACAGUCCAUCAUCAGCAGUCAGCAAUAGUCCACCAUUAGCAGUCAGCAACAGUCCAUCAUCAACAGUCAGCAACAGUCCAUCAUCGGCAGUCAGCAACAGUUCAUCAUCAGCAGUCAGCAACAGUCCAUCAUCAGCAGUUGGCAACAGUCCAUCAUCAAAAGUCAGCAACAGUCCAUCAUCAGCAGUUGGCGACAGUCCAUCAUCAAAAGUCAGCAACAAUCCAUCAUCAGCAGUCAGCAACAGUCCAUCAUCAACAGUCAGCAACAGUCCAUCAUCGGCAGCCAGCAACAGUCCAUCAUCAGCAGUCAGCAACAGUCCAUCAUCAGCUGUCAGCAAUGGUCAAUUUGGUGACUCAAGUACUCCUUCAAACAAAUCUACUCCAGGACCUAUUAUAAUUGACGAAAAUUCUCCUGAUCCUCCAUCAUGGUUGACAAUAGAAAAUUGUGACCCUGAGGAUCCACAUUACAAACUUAAUCUGUAUAUAGAAAACAAGACAAGAAUUUUACAGAAGACCACCUGGCUCUCAGAUUCUGAAAUCCAUGCAGGGCAAAUGCUCCUCAAGAGGGAUUAUCCCUUCGUGGACGGGCUAUGUGAUCCAGCAAUAAAAGGGUCCCUUGUUGUCCCUGCAACAUCAGAGUUCAUUCAGAUCAUCAAUACUGGGAACCACUGGGUGUGUCUAAGUACAAUUUCAACAACAUCCAGUCCCGACACUGUCAAGAUUUUCGAUAGCCUUUAUCAGAAUACUAAUUCAACAGCAGUAGAGCAUGCCUGUCGCAUGUUGAUGUAUCCAGGAGACAAAGUCACCUUUAUCAAUGAGAAAGUCCAGCGACAAGUUGGAGGUAGUGACUGUGGUCUGUUUUCGCUGGCAUUUGCAACUGAUUUGUGUCAUGGUAUAGAUCCCACAAAUCAGAAGUAUAACCAAGGAUCUAUGCGACAGCAUUAUGUCAACUGCCUAGAAAAUGGAGCCAUGUCACCAUUCCCCAAAACUGAAAAGAGAGUGCCACGUUACUUGGGCAGUGUCAAGUCAUCUGUUGCUAUUUACUGUGUGUGUAGGCUACCAUAUGACAGAGAAGAAUAUGUUCAGUGCAGCAAUGGAAAAUGCAAAAAAUGGUAUCAUCCCACCUGUGUUAAAAUACCAGCCUGGGCAAUAAACAGCAACCGUAAGUGGAGAUGCAACAAAUGCGAAGAGGAUGCAAAAGUUACAUCUUCCUCAAGAAAUUAA